AGCUGGUGCUGCCCGGGGGCAUCGACCCGCACACGCACCUGCAGCUGCCCUUCAUGGGCACCCGCUCCGCGGACGACUUCCUGCGAGGCACCCAGGCUGCUCUGGCGGGAGGCACCACCACGAUCAUCGACUUUGCCAUCCCCCAGAAGGGCGGCUCCCUCCUGGACGCCUUCGACACCUGGCGACGCUGGGCUGACCCCAAAGUCUGCUGCGACUACAGCCUGCACGUGGCCGUGACGUGGUGGAGCGAGCAGGUCAAGGAAGAAAUGGCCAUCCUUGCCCAGGAGAAAGGUGUUAACUCCUUCAAGAUGUUUAUGGCCUAUAAGGACCUGUUCAUGCUGCGGGACCCAGAGCUGUACGCUGCCUUUGAGCAGUGCAAGGAGACUGGCGCGAUCGCUCAGGUCCACGCGGAAAACGGAGACAUCAUCGCGGAGGGGGCCAAGAAGAUGCUGGCACUGGGCGUCACGGGGCCCGAGGGCCACGCGCUGUGCCGGCCCGAGGCCGUGGAGGCCGAGGCCACGCUGCGGGCCAUCACCCUGGCCAGUGCGGUGAACUGUCCCCUCUACGUGGUGCACGUGAUGAGCAAGUCUGCAGCCAAGGUCAUAGCCGAUGCCAGGAGAGCCGGGAAGGUGGUCUACGGAGAGCCCAUCGCAGCAAGCCUGGGCACCGACGGCACGCACUACUGGAGUAAGGAGUGGCACCACGCGGCCCACCACGUCAUGAGCCCGCCCCUGAGACCAGACCCUUCCACGCCGGGCUUCCUUAUGAACCUGCUGGCUAACGAUGAUCUGACCACAACAGCUACUGACCACUGCACCUUUAACACCUGCCAGAAGGCUCUCGGGAAGGACGACUUUACCAAGAUUCCCAAUGGGGUGAACGGUGUAGAAGACCGGAUGUCCAUCGUAUGGGAGAAGGGACCAUCUCGGCUAAGACUCACCAUCAGGCCGUGAACUUCAACAUCUUCGAGGGCAUGGUGUGCCACGGGGUGCCGCUGGUGACGAUCUCAAGGGGCAAAGUGGUGUAUGAGGAGGGGGCCCUCAGCGUCACACCGGGACACGGGAAGUUUAUCCCACGCCGACCAUUUGCCGAAUACGUUUACAAGCGAAUCCAGCAGCGCGACCAGACUUGCACACCCACCCCCGUGGAGCGGGCGCCCUACAAGGGAGAAGUCAUCACCCUGACAUCCAGAGAGGCACCAGAGGACUCUACAGUGGAGACCGGGACGCAGGCCGCCUCCUGAUCCGGGUGCUGGGGUGAAAGCAGAGGGGAAGGCGCCUGGGCUCCCUUCGCAGCGGAGUGAGGUCGCCUGUGUCAGCGCCCUGCGCCCCUGCAGGAAACUCGCAGCUCCCGGCCUCUCCGAUUUCCUUCCAGAAGUGAUCGCUGUCUCCCAGGCUGCGCCUCUGUCGCUGUGGUGAGACUGAGAUAGAAGCGUGUCAUGGCAGUGGGACGUCUGCGUGAAGGUUCCUGGACGGGACUUUCAGACACCGCCCUUGCCUGCAUUAGUUUCUUUCUCUGAAGUUUUACAAAUCACUUUCUUUCUGGUUUAAAGGUUUUUAAAUGGCUAAUUUGUUUUAAGCCAGCACUGUGAUUCUGCAUCUGAUGUAAUUAAUAAACCUUGAGAUCCUCAUUUUGUACUCUGUCAUCUGAA